CUCACAAACUGUUCGAGCAUGGACGAUUUCGACUCUUUUGCAGCAGAUGAAGAUGGCGCCUCCACGUCGCAAUCAGUUGUCGAAACUAGGCAGAACGGGCAUGCUCCAUCCGGAAUUACGCUCGUCCUGCCCUCGCUCAAAGCUAUCAAGGCCGCGAAGAUGGGAAAGAAGUCAAAACUGAAACACCUUGGUUCCUUGCAGGAUGCAGAGGCGAAGAAAGCACCAAGGCCUAUGAAGCUUAAGCCAUUGAAGGAGGUCUUGUCCAAGCUGAUUGCGCAGCUGAAGAAGAAGGAUGAUUAUGCGUUUUUUAUCUCCCCUGUGGAUCCGUCGCGAGUCCAAGGAUACGCGGAAAUGAUCAAACAUCCCAUGGAUCUUGGGACUAUGUCUACAAAAGUCGCCAGGGGAAAGUACCGUUCAUUGGAAGAGUUUACAACAGACUUCCGCCUAGUUGUCACCAACGCCAAAAUUUUCAAUCCUCCUGGAACCAUUUAUCACACGGAAGCCGACCGCCUCGAAGUAUGGGGACUCGACCAUAUCGCCAAGGCAUCUGCGCAUGUCAUUGAAUACGAGACAGAUUGGAACAUCGAUGUGGAGCAGGACGAGGAUGGUGCAUUGAAUGUAGAUGAGGACGACGAUCAUGUCACGGCGUCUACUCCGAGAGACGAGAGUCAAGUUGCUGCGUCUCCCGCACCGUCUUCAGGUCCCCAACAGUACAUGAGGCGCGGGCCUCGAGGACCUUACAAGAAGGGUGCAUCAACGGGCAUCUCGGAGGGCAUUGAUGCUGAAGGGAGGCUUCCUGGCUCCAAAGAUGGUGUCGGAGCAUUUCCCCCCGGAUCUGAUUGGGCCGAAAUGAUGGUUGCGUUGAAAAUUAAAGGCAAGCGUUAUAGAACUAAGAAAGAACGCUUGAGAAUCGAGAAGGAGGGCCUGCCCCAUCUUCAUAAUGGUAGUCUCGACUACACAGAGAUGGAAGAUCCAUUCACUCUGCUCAGCGCCUUGGUGCCUGAACCGCUCUCUAAACCCCAACUUAAUCCGCUUUACCCUUCUCUUCAAGCAAAUAAUCCAGCGCAACCCCUCUUUCCAGGGCCAGUUAAUGUGUCUUCCACGCGUCCCUCUCCAAUAUUGGCUACUCUUGAGGCCUCAACUUCGCAGUCCACACCACGGCGCAGACAUUGGACAAUUGCUCGCAAUGCCUCUACACGGGCAAAACUAAAAGACAAAGAAGACGAAGAGCCCCAGUCAACAGAAUCCCGCGAUCCAUUUCCUUCUGACUUUGGAUCUUUUGCAGCAUUGGGGGCAGAGCUAGGUGCGUCGGCAUGCUCUGAGGAGAAACUAGCCACGUCUAUACGAGCCAGCAUUGAGAACCGCCCCAUCAAAAGAAGUUUGAAAGCGGCGGGGAUUGACAAUGAGUACUGGACGGAUGAGAAAGCCGAGGAGUCAUGGGACUACGUGCGGGACGUGGUAUACGGAGGAGUUAACGGAUUCGCCUACGUCAGAAGCAUAGCCGAGUUCGUGCGCCCGCCAGAGGAGUUCCUGCACCAGACAGAGCAUACUCAUCCCCUUGGCACGUCUGUCGCUCGAUAUGUGGAGAAACAUCUGGUUGAUGUCGUUACUCGUGGCCGGCACGAGCUGCUCUGCACUACGGCGGCGUACCUGCACUCAGUCUUGCAAGAGCCACUUUCACCGGCGAUGGAAGCGCAAAUGGUAGCGAGCCUUACAUUCCGGCCAACGGCGUUCCGUCUGAUACAGGAAUUGCAACACGAGCAGCUGGAUAUGGCAGCGCUCAUCCGAUCUCCGGAUGAGCUGGAGAAGGCUGGCUUAGGUGAACUCGGAAUUCCCGAGGGUCCCGCGGUUUUGGAACAGGCAUUGGAGUGUGCCGUUCAAGCGCUGGAAGAGCUGGACCGGAAAAUCCAACAAAACGACGGUGUGAAGGUUGAGGAGGCCGAUGGGAUGGAUGUGGAUAGGGCAGAAGAGGACCCUGUGGCUAAGAAGCUGCGGUUGACAUUGUUGGCACUUGCGAAACGCGCACCGCUUGAUAAGAUCGCGCCUUUACCUGCCGAGCUUGUGCCAGCUCAUAUUCGGAAAAUUGUGCCCACUAUUUAGGAUACUGUUUCUUAUUAAUUUGGGGCAGACAGGACAGCCUUGGGAUCGGACUGCAUUAGCUAUAGAUUAUACGCGUAAGCACUGUGAUGUAGAAGUAAUCGCUGAGAUUAGACUUUGUGACGAAU